UUAAAUCGGUGUGUUUAUUUCCUUUCUAAUACAAAUCUAUUUAUGUCUAGUGUUGUGUUUGCUUUUUUUUUUUUUUUUUUUUUUUCCGAGAAGUUUACUUUUAAGAGACGAGAGUAGUGGAUAGACAGAAGUAACUAGUAAAGGAUACAUUUUUCAAUAUAUUCAUCGUAGAAUCUUGGCAACAUUUUUUUUUCUCUUUAUUGCACAGCAAGAGGCUUAGGCUAUACAGGUGUACCUUAAUAUCAGUAUAAAUCGAAGUAAAAUCAUAAAUAUAUAUUUAAAAAAAAAUAAAAAAAUAUUUCGCUUUUAAUUUUGAAAUGGACAAGCCCUGUAUUGGCCAAGGAAGGAAGUGACUGAAAAUAGAUUUAAAUUGUAAUAUCUAAGCAGAAGGAGGACAAGGCAGUAGAAGAGAGGACUACAGGGGGUAGCCCAGGGACAGAGAAAUCCCUUUAAAUAAAGGGUUCAGAUUGUGGGCUGUAAGGAGGCUGGGGAGGGGGAGAUCUUUCAGUGCUCCGUCAGACUUGCCCCUGAUGCCAGGCAGCUCAGAUCUUGCCCCUGCCCUGUCCAGCUGUUCCUCCGGGGCCUCCUCGGUGUCAGGGCAGCGCAGGCCUCCGGGCUCAGCAAGGAGAAAGCGAGACCGCCGCCAGAGGAGGAAGCGGAGGGUGCGGGAGCAGGGCCCCUAUGUGUCCGCCCCAGGAGUGCUAGGCCUCGGUGCAGCGGCCGUGGAGGGAGCGCAGAGUGCAGCCCGGGGGAUGAAGCGAUACCGGGAGCGGCGCGACAGGAAAAAGCGGCGCAGGGACCGCGGCAAGAGGCAGCUGCUGAGCCGAGAUGGGGCCCUGGCCGCCGCGGUGGAGUAUGACGACGUUAGCUCCCUGUCCGAGGGGGCUCUCUCCGCCAGCGAGCCGGGCCGCGCCGCCAACCCGCCCGCUCUGGGACUAGGCCUCGGAGCAUCCCCGGCCUCUGAUCGGUGCCCCUCCCCGGCCAUGUUCCCUCCUCAGCCGCUGGCCCUGCUACGCCAGCCCGGGGAUCCGGAGCGCAGCGCCAGGAGAAAGCGCGGCUCCCGCAGGCCGGAGUCCAGGCACCGCAGGAGGGAGGAGGGCCGAGGCGGAAACAACCGGACGGAGGAGCGGCGGAGACCCCUGGCUAUAAAUGAACUGGUUAUCCCCCCGCAGCCGCUGCUGCUGGCAACGCCCUGGAGGCCUCCGGCAGACGUGGGGAAGAGAGCGGAACUCCGGCCCGCGGCCUCCCAUAGGCCCAAGCGGGAGGAGGCCGCGGCCUACAGCAAACAGGCGCCCAAAGCCUACCGAGAGGACAAGGCCUACCGGGCCUCCAUCCCGGGCAACCACCGCAAGAAAUCCGCCAGCCCGGCCCGCUCCCCCAGCCCCGGAUACAGCGGCCACCGCCAGGCACGCCGCUCACCCAGCUUCGGCUCCUACGAGAGGACGGAGACCGCCUCCCCCCCGAGCCGCCGGAGAUCCCGGAGCCCAUACAGUCCUGCUGGCAGGCGUACAGCAAGGUCACGGAGCAGAAGCCCUUAUAAAUCACGCCGUUCUCGGUCACGGAGCAGACAUAAAGUUUCCAAGUCCAGAAGCAGACAGUCUAGCAUCUCUCCAGGAACCUUGACAUUAAAGAGCAGCUUAGCAUCAGAGCUGAGCAAGAACAAGAAAGCCAGGGAAGCCGAAGCUGCCAGAGUCUUAGCCAAAGCUUCCACCACCUCCACCCCGACUAAAACCCACCCAGAGGUUGGCAGCAGUGUACCACAAGCAAACCACACCAAGGAGCAAACAAAGACAAAAAUGGAGAUUACUCCAUCUCCCUCUGUGAAGACCGAGAAACCCAAGGUUAAGGCACCUACACAAGAAUUAAAAGUGGAGAACAACCAUCCCGUAGAUAAAACUUCCAAGCCACCUGUGAAAGUAACUAAGGUUGAUGCAGUUGGAGAUGGAAAAUCUACACAGAAAGAAAAGAACAAAGUGCAUAAAAAAAGUGUGACUACUAGUGAAAAGGUUAAAAUUCCAUCCUCUACUUUGUCAUCAUUACCCUUUCCUCCAAUGCUCUCCAGUGAUGCAGAAAGUUUUAGAGGCUGCAUCCCAGGACAAUUGGUCAAAAAAGAAAUGGAAAGGAAACUCCGUCACUUGCUGUAUGAUUUGCCUCUACCACCUGUCCAUACUGGAGCUGGGGACUUGACUCAUAGUCCAGAAGGGAAGAAAGCACAGUCAAAGAGCAAAAGGAGACCUAAGAUUUGUGGUCCUCGCUGUGGUGAAAUCCAUGAGAAUGAAAUUGAUUGGGGCAAACGUUGUGUGGACAAGUUUGAUAUCAUUGGAAUCAUAGGGGAAGGCACCUAUGGACAGGUUUACAAAGCCAGGGAUAAAGACACAGGAGAAAUGGUGGCUUUGAAGAAAGUGCGUUUAGACAAUGAAAAAGAAGGCUUUCCUAUUACAGCCAUUCGGGAAAUCAAAAUCCUUCGCCAACUUAACCAUCAGAGCAUCAUUAACAUGAAGGAAAUUGUUACUGAUAAAGAAGAUGCUUUGGACUUCAAGAAGGACAAAGGAGCUUUUUACCUGGUCUUUGAGUACAUGGACCACGACUUGAUGGGUCUCUUGGAGUCCGGUUUAGUGCUCUUCAAUGAACUCCACAUAAAAUCCUUCAUGAAGCAACUUAUGGAAGGCUUGGACUACUGUCAUAAAAAGAACUUUCUGCAUAGGGAUAUCAAGUGCUCAAACAUACUACUAAAUAAUAAGGGGCAGAUCAAACUUGCAGAUUUUGGACUUGCUAGACUUUACAGUUCUGAAGAAAGUCGGCCAUACACAAACAAAGUUAUAACCCUGUGGUAUCGACCUCCAGAGCUACUACUUGGGGAAGAGCGGUAUUCUCCUGCUAUAGAUGUAUGGAGCUGUGGGUGUAUACUAGGUGAAUUGUUCACUAAGAAACCGAUCUUCCAAGCUAACCAAGAACUUGCGCAACUUGAACUUAUAAGCCGUAUGUGUGGAAGUCCUUGUCCUGCUGUGUGGCCUGAUGUGAUAAAACUCCCAUAUUUCAACACCAUGAAACCAAAGAAGCAGUAUCGCCGGAAAAUCAGAGAUGAGUUUGCUUUCAUCCCAGCAGCCGCUUUAGAUCUGUUUGAUCUCAUGCUGGCUUUGGAUCCUAGCAAGCGCUGUACGGCAGAACAAGCCUUAUUGUGUGAGUUCCUCCGGGAUGUAGACCCUGCUAAAAUGCCACCACCAGAUCUUCCCCUUUGGCAAGAUUGCCAUGAAUUAUGGAGUAAAAAACGCAGACGGCAAAAGCAAAUGGGAAUGAGUGAUGAUGCAACCGCGCCCAAAGUACCCCGUAAAGACUUGUCUUUAAGCAUGGAUGACAGUAGAAAUAACACACCCCAAGGAAUGCAGACAUCUUCGCAGAUAAAAACUCAGGGAUUUCCUAGUCUUGGAUUAGGUAACCUAGGUGCUGGUCAUCAUCUUAGCCAGAAUGAAGUGGCUAUCUUGUUGAAUCUACUGCAGUCUCAAGCCAGUGUCAACAUGGCACAUUGUUUACAGCAGUUGAACAUUAAGUUGAAUCCUGAAGCUCAACAACAGUUGAACAAUGUAACUCUCCCUGCUGGAAUCGUAGCUGCGGCUACCAAGCAGCCAGAACAAAAAGAAGAACCCCUUCCUCAAGUUCCAACAACUCAGCCUGAGCUGCCAUCCUUUCCACAAUUACCAAAACUCAAAGCAGAUGGUGCUCCACCAGCUGUGCAGAAUGCACUGGCUCUUUUUUUGUCUCAGCUAGUGAAAGACAAAGAACCUAAGACAUGUGAUGGUGCAAGAGAAGAUGAAAUUGAGGAGAAGUUGGACAAUGAGAGUUCACAGCCCAAGAGACCUCCAAGUCCCUCACCAAAUGAUGAAAAUGACUUGGAAGACAGCUGUAAUCCACACCUCCAAUCUCCACACAUCUUGCCACCAGAUCAGCGCCCUCCAGAACCACCUGAGCCCCCUCCAGCCUGUGUGGAAGAUCUUGAUUACAGAACAGAAAGCCAACAUGUACACAAUGCUAGCAUAGCUGCUGGUGAACAACAUGCACAAGUAAAAGCACCACUUCAUAAUAUCGUUCAACAUCAAGCUCAGGAAGAAGACACAGGUGGUACAAGUUUCCCAGUUAGAACACCAUUUGUCAAGGCAGCAGAGUGCACUGAAAAAUUUGGAUCAUCUUUCCUCCAAACCUCUUUCAAUAAUGAUAGAGCUGGCAAUAUUUCCACCAGUAUUUUAGAAAGGCAUCCGGAUAACCAGCCUUUAAAUAACUACAGUACUCCAUCUCAGACUAGCAACAGGCUAAUGGCCCCUUCAGCUUUUCCAGAACCUUUCUGUAACUCUGCUACUGGAUACCAGGACAGCUACCUCAGUGCUGAUUCCAUGUUGUUCAGUGGUGACAAGGACCAUAGGUUUGAAUACAGCCGCAGCCCUACUGUUCUUCUGAGAAAUAAUGAUUGCUCUACUCGUUUGGACAAUAGUCAUUCAUUGCCAACAAAGAUGCAUAAUUUUAGCUACAGCACUAACCUACCAGAACACAUUGGUAUGUCUGAUCAUAUGCAUGGUCAUGCUUGGACAUCCCCUCUACAGGGACCUGCUUUUCCUCAAGGACAUCGGGGUCAUAUGGGCACAUAUGUCAGAGGUCAAGGUCGGGGCUUACCAUUCUGAGUUAUUUUUUUUGUUUUGUUUUUUUUUUUCUUUCCUUUUUUUCCCUCAGGCAAAAUAUUUCUAUGUGGAAUGACUUCUGACUUUUCAGUGUAGCUGCAUUUUACAGCAGCUGUCUAUAAGAUAUCAACAAUAAUUCAGCAGCUUUAUUUUUACGUGGAAAUUGUCUUGAAAUAUAGUAAAUUGAGGGGAAGAUAAUAACUGCAAUUCAUUAUGUGUUUUGAAAACUAGAAAGCUAAUUUACAUAAUGACAAAUACUAGUAAACAAAAAAAAUCUUUAUUUUGUACUUUAAAGUUUUAUGUUAAAUAUUAAUUUCAAGGGCAUCCUCUGGUAUAUUUUCCCCUGGCACAUGCAAGAAUUUUGAAGAACUUUGCAUAUUUGUGAGAUUUUUUUUUUGUACAUUUGGACCAAUCUUUGGACAAAAAAAAGAGGAAAUUACGCUCCGAUAACUUUUGGUAUAUGUUUAUUUGUAUAAAAUAAAUUUUAAAAAAAUAUAUAACUACCUUUUUUCAGUCAUAGGCCACUGUCAAUCUUUACACAGCUUUUGAUGUCAUUGUGGAAACUGUACCUUGUGCUCAUUUCAUACAAAAAACUCUUUCCUCCCCUUAUGAUUCAAACGUUUUAUCAACUGUUUUUUUUUUCUCUUUUAAACCUAAGGAAAUAAAUGUUGAUCAAAACGA